AUGGCAUUUACAGGGCAGGGCAAAGUAAGGCAUAUCAUUUACAGAGCAGGGUAGUUAUUUUUUGCUAUUUUAAGUUUACUUACCUUUACUUCUCUUUAACAUGACAAUUUCAGCGGCCAUUUGAACAACUGAGUGUCGAAGAGAUUGAGCCUUAUGUAAGAAGGAAAAAGGGUGACAGUGAUAGAGCCAAAAAACGGUUGGAAAACUUGAAUGAAGAGGUGAGUACAAUAUCUUUUCUCUCAUUUUCUACAUACUUCCUGACUCAUUUAUAGCUCAUACUUUUUUAUAUACUCCAUCAAAGGAUCAAAGCCGUAUUUUACAUUGUAUUAGGUUGUUCAACUAAUUAUGUGCUCUGUAGCCCCGAAAAUUUGCUUUGAAAUUGAGCUUAGAAUUAUUUAAAAACCUAAUAAUACUAAGUUUUAGUAUUAAAGCUUGUAAAAUACGACGCCAAUUAUUAUUCAUGGUAAAGUACUGCUUGCUCAUAGCAAGUAAACCAUUAAAAAUAUUGUUUUAGGAACAAAACGUUCUCCGAACCUGUAUAAACUCGAGAGAACGGAAGAGAAUGCAUGACCUGAAUGAUGCUCUAGACGAUUUGAGGUCAGUUCUACCUCAACAACAAGUUCCAACUGCUCGAAAACUGAGCAAAAUAUCUACAAUUAUAUUGGCUACAAACUAGUAAGUUCAAUUUUUGAAAAUUUUGUGGUGUUCUGAGUAAUAUUUGAUUUAAAAUGGCAUAGGAUUAGCAAAAUUAAAAAAAUUUUUUUUAAAAGUUUUAAAACGCUGUAUUAGGUUGUUCAAAUAAUUCUGCGCUCUCUAAUUCUACAAGUUUGCUUUGAAAGUGGGCACAGAAUUAUCUGAACAAUCUAAUAAAAAAUUAAAAACUUUUUCCAAUGUCAUUUUUAAUGCAUUAUUAAAUGUUUGUUGACUAACUAUCUUACAGUAUCCGCCAACUAGCCGAGCACAGCCGUUGCCUAAUGGAAGAGCUGAAACAAAAUGGAAUCGAGCUACCCCCAGAGCCAAAGCUAGUCCACUCCACACCGUCACGCUCUCAGACGCCUAGUAUCAAAAGCGAUUCCCCAAAGCCUCAGUUUACUCCUACUGUGGCUCCGAACCUUCCAUUGCCGUUUGCUACAGUAAACCCCGUCUCUUUAUGGUUGUCUUUGAGUCAAAUGUCUCGAGUAACUUGUAUGAAAAUGAUCAACCCUGCUGCCAAUUGUCAAUGUCAUCAGUGUUUUAUGAAGAUUAGAUGA